UAACAAAUAGAUAUUAUUUAAACAUAUCACUACCAGAACAAUUCAUAGCUGAGAUGAAAUUGUAUAUUUAAACGAUUUAAUCGACGAAUAUUAUUUCCCUUUAACCAAUUUUGUAUCAAUAACAGAUGUACUUUAACUGACGCCUGUAAGAUGGCAUUCAUCCGUGCGAUCACUAAUCCGCUUCACAGGUAGAUCGAUCGGAGAUAUUAAACAGGGACCGCGAGUUUCCUGUUCCAUAUUAUUGGAUUUAUGGCAGCGCGGAAUUAUAGGAUCAUACCUGCGGCAGAUCAACAACGGCCCGACCGAUUCGAUAUCGAUACACAACAGCAACAACGUUGUAUACAUCUACUCGGGGAACUUUAAUUGAAUCAUUAAAUCUCCAGGCAGCUGAAAGUGGAAAAGAAACGACACCAGAAGAAAAGGUGCAAUUAAGAAAAUAUUCAGCCUCGACUACCAGGAUGAUCCUUAAAAAUACUCACGCGUAGAUCGUAAUCCUCUUGGUGAAAGAUUUCUCAUUCUGUUAAUAACGAUAUAAGAGCGUACAGUCGUGGAAUUCAUUAGUACUAGCGAACACGCAAUUACAUCUACUAUUCAGGGGCAAAUCCGAUUAACUGGACGUUGACAAUUUUCUGUCUGAAUACCGUUAUGGUAGCUUUCUUGGAAAUCUUAAUACGUUACAUAAGAGCAAGUAAAGUUAUACUAUGUAUAUCUUUUUGGUGAUCACUUUAUUCAAAUUCUUGUACAAUAAGGAAAAUAAAUUAGAUAAUUGGUCUACCGAAGAAAUAUAUCGUAUUACUUUAUACUUGUAUUAAUUCCUAAUGUUAGAUUAUAGGUAUUGGUGUUGGUUGAAAGUGAUGUUUAGUGGACAGGCUGGCAUAGCAAAAAAUUGCAAAACCUUACGUAGGAGCAGUCUUUGACUGGAACAGUUAACAGCGAUGUGCUUCUAUUGCCAAAUAUUGAAACAGGGUCACAUUCUAUCUGAGUGAAAGUACAGGAGAACUUGUCAAUCACUGUACAUAUCUAGAAAACUUUUGAUCUUCCAUACUUUCAUCUGAUUGAUUUCAUAAACGAUUAUUAAAUAGGAAAAACUGGGAAAAUAUCUAGUUAAAAAUAUUUCAUACAAGUUCGUAAAAUUAAUUUUUGAUUUUAUAAGAUACCUGGAAUUUUCUGGUGUUGGAAUGGUAGCUUGCAUUUUUAUUUUUUAUAUGAUGCGUGUUUUAAUGUUUUUAUAGAGACAUUAAAACAGACGAGAUUUUCCUUUAUUUUCUGCCUUUUACCCGUUCGAUCAUCAAGCAGCAAACCUAUUUCUUCAUCCACCUUUCAUUCGUAUUACAAGUUAGUAAUUGGUUCAGCACAUUUGAGCACUCGGAUGAGAUUGAAAUCCUUUUUUCUCCGUUUUUUCCUUUUUUCCACGGCGGAUGAAUCGCCUUCAUAUCGUAACGUUGACAAAGAGAUUUACUACGGGUUGUGCAACGCGAGUAGAACAACUCUAUGAUUUUUCCAGGUGUCAAAGCACACGCUUACAUUCCAAGUAACUCAUGGAAUCUACAUCUAAUAUAUAUUUAUAUUCAUAUAUUUCAUACAUAUCUUCGGUAACCCCAUAGAAUUUUGAUUAGAAGCAAAAAGCUAUUUUAGGCAGAGGAAAAAUAUUUUCAUAAAUUAAAAAAACUGACAGGGAUUUUUCUGUGAAAAAAUAAAACACAUUCUGUGUUAAAAUGAAUAAAAAAUGUCAAGCACUUAAGAAAUAAAAAUUGUUAAUUUAACUUCAAAAUUUCUGUAAUAAUAAACAUUAAUGACAAACACAACAAACACCCACUACGCAAGAAUAAUUAAUUAAAAAAGAACAAAUAUAUAAGGUCGCGAUAUGCAAGAAAAAAACGAAGGAAAUUGUUGACAAGAAAAUUGCAAAACUCGAUAGAUCAUGAGGGUUCCCCAGGGAUUGGAAAGAGGGUCGUCGAGAGACCUCCUAUUAGCUGGAACCCGAGGCUCUUUGGACAGCCGAAUGAUCCAGGCGAUCAAGGAGUCACGUGCGUGGAUCCAAUUAAAAUUUAAAGCUGUUUCAGUCAUCAUCAACGGGAUAUCUCUUCCCAUGAUGCAUCACCGAGAGUGAAGGGAAGAUGCGCUGCUCCUCUCCACCUCCCACACCCAUAGCCGGUCAUUCUAAUACAUACUGGUUAAUACGUGGAUAUGCAGCGCUAAGGAUAAACUGUAACAAAGGGUCCGGAUGGUAUAUAAACUCGUCCGUGGAUCAUCUUCUCAGUUCGCUUCGCGUCUUCGCUCAUAACACCAAUAUGAAUUACCACCAGUUAACGAAAGUGCUAUUGCUGCUAUCGUGUUUUGCUAGUGAUGCACUUGCUGGAUUGCUGCCGGGUGGUAGCGCCGGUGGAAGUGGUUACCAGUACAACAGACCCGGUGGAGCUGGAUUCGGUGGUCCAGGAGGAUUGUCUGGAGAUUUAGGAGGAGGUUUCAGGGGGAGACCCAAUGCGUUGUACGGAGCUCCAGGAGCUGGUGGAGACGCUGGUUUUGGUGGACGUCCAUCUGGCACUUAUGGUGCUCCUGGAUUCGGUGGUGAUGCAGGCUACCAAGGUGGUGGUGGUGGAGGCCAGGGUCGCGAUUAUGGAAGACCACAGCCAUACAGCUUCCAGUACGAGGUAUACGAUCCCCCUAGUGGCAAUGACUACUCUCAACGAGAGAGCAGUGACGGUAACGUAGUAACAGGGGAAUAUAGAGUGCUCUUACCGGACUCGAGGACACAAAUCGUAAAAUACAUGGCUGACGAUGCGAAUGGAUACACUGCUGAUGUUCAAUACGAAGGACAGGCUCGAACAGGUGGUGGUGCUGGUGCUUAUGGAGCACCUGCUUACCAAGGAGGUGCGGGAGGAUUCCAGGGUGGCUAUCAAGCACCUGGCGGUGGACCCGGAGCUAGCAAUCAAUAUCUUCCACCACGUAACAACUAUCGGAAAUAAAUCGGCCCCAACAUUCAUCGCCAUAAAAAAAAGAAAGAAAAACCUGACAAAUUCCCGAAUGCUCGGCGACAACCGUCACGGACCUCCCUCGUUUUUACAGCUUUUUACUUCUUAAUACCACACAAUAUACUUACACCACUCAGUCACAUGCACAUUUAUAUAUAAUCACCUCCACUGGUAUUUAACGACAUAUAUAAUUAUGUAUCGAUUAGGAUAAUUUAAUCUCUUCUUUCUCAACGCACGUUUCGUAUACGCGCGUAGUUAUUAUUUUUAUGUAUACGUUUUAUACUUUGUACAUGGUAAUUUUUAUAUUAUCAUACAUACGCUUGUACUUUCUGCUAAGUGAUUGUCGAACUUAUAUAUUUGUGUAUGUAUUUAUACGAGCUUAAUGUAAUACACGAAUGAAAUACUCUUUCUAUUUAA